AUGACUUCCCCAGCCCUCACGACAACAGAGAGCCUCGCAGCAGAUUCUGCCCGCUCGGGCCCCCACCAAGUACAGCCCGAGGACACGUCUGAGUAUGGCGAGGAGAACUCAGACCCCAAUGACGAUCAGGCACCGAAGCCACAGCCCCAAAAGAGACGACGAGUGACGAGGGCCUGCGACGACACAUAUGACCAGCCGUCCAACAGGCGACGAAAUGCGACUCCUCAGUACAUCGAGGCUCUGGAGAGCCAAUUGAAGCGUGCAAAAGCCCUACUUCACGUGGUGUUGCCGACCGUGGAUUUGAACGAUCCCGCCAUCGACACCCACCUGCAGAAUGGCAUGCUACCCCAUCUAUCGCAGUCCGUUCCGCGCCCACUCGCAAUGCCCGUAGAUUCACGUGUACCUCAGCAUCAUGUACCUCCGCAGACUGAUGACAUGUCCGACUCGCACUUGGAGGCCAUGGUAAAAGCAACCGGCCAGCUGGAUCUCGACGAAGAAGGCAACUGGGAUUAUCAAGGUCACUCUUCAGGCUUGAGCUUCAUGCGAGGACUACGUCAGUUUGAUGAUAUGUUCCAAAUUCCAUCAGACGAUUCCCCGUCUCUCAGGCACCGGACCAUGUCCAAUGACGCGCCUUCUCCGAGUAAUUUAUCAAUUGCUGGAUCCAACGCCGGCUCAGCCAGUGUGGUUCUACCCACCCAUGAAGAAGCACGUAUUCUCUGUGACAGUGCAAUCAUCCAAUACAGUGCAAUGCUCCGCGUUGUCCACCUCCCCACUUUCCACAAGCAGAUGGCCCGCAUCUACGACGUUCCAGCCGAGAACUACACCAGUACCGAUGCUAGUUUCCUUCCUUUGCUGUAUGCAGUACUAGCUCUGGGCAAACUCUAUUCCGAAAACGACAACGGGAUUGAUACGCCAACUUAUGACUCGCUCACCGACGAGGGUCUCAAGUAUUUCAAGGCCUCCAGGCAACUCUUGGACAUUACCGAUUGCAGAGAUCUAACCUCGCUCCAAGCUAUUAUAUUCAUGAUCCAGUUCCUGCAGUCCUCAGCCAAGCUCAGCACUUGCUAUGCGUACAUAGGAGUUGCUUUGCGUUCGGCACUACGCAUGGGAUUGCACCGUUCUUUCAACGUGAAAUUCAACCCCAUCGAGUCUGAAACACGCAAGCGCAUCUUCUGGGUCAUCCGAAGAAUGGAUACUUAUGUUGGAGCCAUGCUUGGAUUGCCCCGGUUUCUCGAAGACGAGGACAUUGACCAAGAAUCGCCAGUGGAGGUCGACGACGAAUAUAUUACCGAGACCGAGAUUCUUCCAAUGCCAGAGGGCAGCAUUUCCGUCAUGGCGGCCUUCAAUGCCCAUACGCGUCUUGUGCAAGUACUGAACAAGACCUGCAAGUACGUGUAUCCUAUCAAAGGAACACAAUCCAGCGCCAAGGGCUCAGUCACAUACACUGUGGGUUACUCGAAGAUCCGAGAGAUCGAACAGGACCUGGCGCGUUGGCUAGAUGAGUUGCCUAUUGCACUCAAGCCCGGUGGGGAGGCCCCGCCAAUUAUUAAGAGGGUCCAACAGCUUCUCCGUAUGGCAUUCGGUCAUGCGCAGCUUUUGCUCUAUCGACCAUUCCUGCACUAUGUUUCGCAAUCGUGCAAUGCUAGUACAAUCGACCAGAGAGCUUUUGCAUGCGCGUCCGCUUGUGUCAAUGUCUCGCGAAACAUCAUCCACAUUUCUACGGAGAUGCGUAAGCGCGGACUACUGGCCGGCGCGUAUUGGUUCUCCAUGUACACGACCUUUUUCGCCAUUGUAUCAAUCCUGUAUUUUGUAUUGGAGAAUCCGACCAGUCCCACCAGCUUCGAGUUACUUCGAGAUGCUGUUGAAGGAAAAGAAGUCUUGGCUUACUUUGCCAAAAGAAGCCUGGCAGCUGAUAGAUGCAGCACCGCGCUGAAAGGUAUGUUUGAGCGUCUGCCGGAGUCGAUCAGGCACGGCGGAGAGAUCAUCGCAUCGAGGAAGCGCCGACAGGGAAGUUCACCACAGUCCCUUGGCACAUGCCCCACAUUACUCGGAAACGAAGCCGCAGUGCCUCGCCGUGCGAGUACCUAUCCGGAUUCUAUUCCCAACGUCAAAACCGCUGGCCAGGCCCAGCCAUUUUCUUCAUCUCAUAACCAAUUUAGCAGCCUUGGUUUGGGCUCUUCUUAUCCCUCACACUCCAUUUCCAAUCCCAAUUUGUUCGACGGUGUGCCGGAUCUCACACCUACAUCCUCAAAUGAUAGUCUCCCAAGUUUUGGGUUGACUCCCAUUCAUGAUUCUCAACAACCCUCCACUUUUGGCCCCUCAGUCCUGAAUAGUUCCUUUGCGGAUCCAUCCGGUCUAAACGUUCCAAUUGCGGAUAUUUCAACCAUGAUGUUCCCCUCUGCAGACCCACUUGCCUAUCCAAAUCAGCCCAUGACUGCAUUUGAAAACAAGCAUCCUCAGACUUUCGACCGCGCUACUGGUACACCGGCAGCUGGAAGCCACCCCCCGCAGUUGUCAAGCAGCAUGGAUCCGAAAGGCCACCCUGCCAUGUUCGCUCCGACCAGCAUGCCCAAUGGACCGGGUCGUCACAUGAAUGACAACGAGGCCCAACUCUUCGGCCCAAUGCCGAUGUACUUGAUGCAAGGCGCGCAGCAAUACAGGGGCUAUCCACCUCAGCCAGGCAUGCAGAUGCCGGGUCCAAACAAUAUGCAGUUCGAUGAGCUGAUGACCCAUGAGGAUUGGGCACAAUCUUUCAUGGAUCCCACUUUGAACAUGAACAAUGGUAGGCCACCGCUCAGUAACCAUCAUUUUAGCCAACAAGGUUGGCGCUAA